AUGAAAGGAUACAAUACACUGAUUUUGACUUGCACCCGUAUUAUGCUGCAAUGGUGGUACUUUGCCACUCCUGCGUCUGCUGUCCACCCAGUUGAAAUGGGAGAUUCAGGUUUGUGUGCUGUGGAGGAUAAUAAAGAUUGGUAUAUCCAUCCUGGUGUAACUUCAACCAGAUCAAGCUCAAAGGAUCUGCUUGCAAAGUAUUUAGAUAAGAACCUAGAGGACAGGAAGAAUUCUGCACCCUUCUUCCCUUGUAAUCCUUCCACUAAUAUUCCUCCUAAGUCCCUCAAGCUGAUGAACAGAAUGUUACAAUCAAACAUGGAAACUUGGCCUGAAAACAUCCAAGAAAUAUUGAGGAUAGAACCAUCAGUCAUUGUAAAAGAAAUCUGGGGAUUUAUGUUCACCAUUUCAGAUUUUAUGACAACACCAGUGCUUCAGAAGACCCUUUUUAUCUUGAAAAUAGAGCAAGAAAGGACAGGACAAUUGGAAAAAACCAAAUGUUCCAAUUUUAUCUCAGGUUUAGCAAACAGAUAUGAAAAAAAGCUGAGGGACCAUAUUGGUUUACUUGGAAAUGAAAGAAAACCUAAAGAGGUCAAUAAUAUAUUCACAAAAGAUGAGCAAGAAAAGUUAGGAGAGUAUGGAAUCCGCCUGGAGAAAAAGUGGUCCCCAAAUGAUGAGGUCAAGUUGUAUAAAUCAUGGGGAUUGAGUGAGUCAUCUUUUCUCUCACUUUUAACAAUCACAAAGCUGAAAAUUUAUAACAACCCAAUAAAAGACAUGAGUUUGUACAUGUCUGUGAAAGGCACUGUCAAGGAAAUUCUUGAGUCCCAAAUCAUUCAGAUCAGCUGGUUGAAAAGAGGCACACAUAAUGUCUGGGAUGAGAUGCAUGUAAUGGUCAAGAAUUCAUGGAGUAAAGAGUACCAAGCUCUCACAUCUGAUUUGGUCACAUCUAUCAAGUCAUUGGAAAAAGAUAUUAUAUUGUCACAAGCCCUCUGUGAUUGCCAAAGACAAAUAUAUUUUGGUAUUUAUGACGCAAAGAGUGAGAAGACACUUUUUGAUGAAGUCCAGGCUAUAAUCUUCUGGGUAAAACACAUGCCAUUCUAUCUGGAGAUGAUAUCAAGCAAAGAUACUUUCCAGUCUCCAUUCCUCAUAACAGAUUUGAUCAAAUACACUGAGGAAGAUGUCUUGGACUCUGUCAUGAAACGAUUCUUGAAUAGUGCAUCAUCUUGGAAAAAUCAUGAGAAUGUGAUAAAUAGGUUCCUAGCAUAUGUUCAAGACCAAUCAGAUGAUGAAAAUUUGGAAGAAAUCACUAAAAGAGUGCUAGGGGUCAAGCAUAAAGCACCUAGAGAGCCUGAAGAGACAGAGCUGGUAGAUUUAGAUAAGAAGGCUAAGACAGGUUGA